AUGACAGAACAAACAGUAACACUUCAAACAACAGUUGGUGAUAUUACAUUGGAAUUAUAUUAUAACCAUGCACCAAAAGCAUGUAAAAACUUUUAUGAAUUGUCAAAAAGAGGAUAUUAUGAUAAUACAAUUUUUCACAGACUUAUUAAAGAUUUUAUGAUACAAGGAGGAGAUCCAUUAGGAAAUGGUCGUGGAGGUGAAAGUAUAUAUGGAAAAAAAUUUGAAGAUGAAAUUACAAAAGAAUUAAAACAUACAGGUGCAGGAAUAUUAUCAAUGGCAAACAGUGGUGUUAAUUCUAAUGGAUCACAAUUUUUCAUUACAUUUGGGCCUACACCUUGGUUAGAUGGAAAGCAUACAAUCUUUGGAAGAGUUAAAUCUGGAAUGAAAGUUGUACAAAAAAUGAAUGCAAUGCAAACAAAUAACGAUAAACCAAUUGAUGAAAUUAGAAUAAUUAAAGCAACUGCAAAUUAA